GCUACAGGGUAGAGUAUGGUUGUUUAGGCUAAGUGAGAUUAACUAAGCCUCUCUUUCUAGGGAGAGGACUCAUAGAAAGUAUUCAACAAGAUGGCUCUAGAUACAGAGUAGACCGCAGAGGAAUUGAGGGCCUUAACCUCUUUACAUAUGGCCAAGGCAUGAUGUUCUGGACAACAGUUGAUGAUGCCCAAAUCACUAAAGUUUGGUACAGCAAAGCAGAACUUUCUGAAAAUCGGUGGUUCCAAACAGACCAGAAGAUUGUGGAUUUAAAAGUUUCCGGCAAACUUAGUCAACAGGGUAGUAACAGCUGCUCAAAGGACAACGGAGGGUGCAGCCAUAUCUGUUUGCCAAACCCUGAAGGACUGACUUGUAAAUGUCCCAGUGGGUACUACUUGGCUAACAUAAGCAGAUGUAUUAAAGCUGUCCAGUGCUCUGAGCCAUCACAAUCCUGUCAGGAUGGUCAGAAGUGCAUUUCCAUGAAGCAAGUUUGUGAUGGUCAUGCUGACUGUCUGGAUGGAUCUGAUGAAAUGGGCUGUACCUAUCCAGAUAAAACCCAUUCAGCACCAACAUCGAAAAAUGCAGAGGCCGGUAAAAGGUGGACCCUAAAAGCUGAGCUACCUCUCCAAGCUACUGAGUCUCCCAAGGCUAGAUAUCCAGGGCCAGAAGGGAUGAAUUAUCCUCUGAGAAAAACACCCAUCCCUCCAAUUUCUGCUAGAGAAAGCAAGACCUCAGAGACCAAGGGAAAAGGCGAGCCUGUUCAUCCCAAGGACUCACAGAGGGCAAAACAUCUGCCGUGUAGCACCGACUACUGUAAUGGGCGGGGAGUCUGUACGGUGGUAGGAGAGCUGAGAAAGUGCAGCUGUCUGAUGGAAUAUGGUGGAGAGUUCUGUGAAGAGCCAGCACGUGGACCUGCCCCUGGCCACAUCACCCUUGGCGUAACCAUUGCCUUAUCAGUUGUCCUGGUAGCUCUGGGAGCAUUUGUCUAUUUCAGAAGAGAACACAAAUUAAAAAGAAAUAGUACAGCAGCAUCAAGAAAUAUGACCCACCAUAAUGAAAAUGGCCAAGAAGAAGAAAAUCUAAUGAAUAGUGAGACUUUUGUCAAUGAAGCCUAUGAUGAGCAGGAACUGUUAACUUUACAAACUGACUAACCUGAUGAAUACAGGAGCUGGAACAUCUCAAUAAAAAUGGUUUAUACAUUGUAUUGUGUGCUGUUUUAACAUCUGCAACUUACUGUAACUGCAUGUGCUAAAAUGG